AUGACGGGCCAAUCCAAAGCCAUGCGUCUUUCCCCCUGGGGAAGUGCUGUUGCGGGUGCAACUGGCGCAGUUCUCGCGAAUGCGAUCGUAUAUCCGCUAGAUAUAGUCAAGACGAGACUGCAGGUGCAGGUGAAGAGCGACAGAACCGAUGGAUCAGACGGAACGGUGCACUAUGAAUCGACCUUGGAUGCCAUCAACAAAAUUGUGGAGAGCGAGGGAAUUGAGGGUCUAUAUUCUGGAAUCGUUGGGUCCUUGAUCGGUGUUGCAUCCACCAACUUCGCCUACUUCUACUGGUACAGCGUCGUUCGCUCCCUCUACAUGGCAUCUGAUCGGGUGCCGAAGCCUCCUGGCACCGCUGUUGAGCUGAGUCUGGGUGCCGUCGCGGGCGCUGUUGCUCAGAUUUUCACUAUUCCGGUCGCAGUCAUUACAACCAGACAACAAACACAACCGAAGGGGGAGAAGAAAGGCUUGAUCGAGACGGGUAAGGAGGUUGUCAACAGCGAGGAUGGCUGGACUGGUCUGUGGAGGGGUCUCAAGGCCAGUUUGAUUCUCGUCGUCAACCCGGCAAUCACAUACGGAGCCUAUCAGCGCCUGAAGGACAUAAUUUUCCCAGGGAAGAACAGUCUCAGACCUUGGGAAGCUUUCCUUCUCGGUGCACUUUCAAAGGCUCUUGCCACCAUUGCAACUCAACCACUGAUCGUUGCGAAGGUUGGUCUUCAGUCUAGGCCACCCCCAGGUCGCGAAGGAAAGCCCUUCAAGACCUUUGGCGAAGUCAUGCGUUAUAUCAUUGAAAAAGAAGGAGCUCUUUCCUUGUUCAAGGGCAUUGGACCCCAAAUUACCAAGGGACUUUUGGUACAAGGUCUCCUGAUGAUGACCAAGGAGAGAAUGGAACUUACGUUCAUUCUUCUCUUCGCAUACCUGCGCAAGAUCAGGCAGGAGAAGCUUCGAAAGGCCGUUGACGCCGCUGCGUCGAAGGCCAAGACGAGUCUUCCCGCGACUCUCAAAUAG